GUCGUCGUCUUAGGUCGAACACGGUACGAACGUCUGCUUCUCAUUGGCAAAUGCUGCGUGCCGCUGCGCGUCGACGCCCUCAAAGCUGCCGUCGUCGAAGCAAAGAGCGGCUCAGAUGUCACCCGCUACAAGGAUGCCUUGCAGCUGCUCCGUUCCGUUGCGCCAGAGGAGCCCGAGGCUCAGAGGGACGAGGAAUGGAUAGAGAGGACCGAGAUGGCCAACAGAACCGAAACUGCUCGCCUCGAGACAGAACUCAAGGGUUACAGGAACAACCUCAUUAAGGAGAGCAUUCGGAUGGGCAAUGAGGACCUUGGCAAGCAUUUCGAGAAGAUUGGCAAGCUCUCCGAGGCUGCCGAAGCAUACAACAAGAUGCGACACGACGUCAGCACAACCAAGCACAUAUUCGACUGCGGUAUGCAUUUGGCCAGCAUCGCCUUCCAGCGCCGUGACUGGGCCACCGUCUUGAGCAACGUCGGCAAGAUUUCAAACAUCCAGAGCGGGGACGACGAGCAAGCGCAGCAGCAGGCCUACACAAAGGUGGUAUCCGGAGUCGCCCUGUUGGGGCUGGGCAAUUACUACGACGCCGCCGUGACGCUCCUCCACACCAAUCCCAACGUAUCUCCGACAGAAUACAACACAGUCGCCAGUCCCAACGACGUCGCCAUCUACGGCGGCCUUUUGGCGCUGGCAACCAUGGACAGAGUGGCCUUGCAGAACCGCGUUCUGGAUAAUCAGUCCUUCAGGGCUUUCCUCGAACACGAGCCGCAUAUUCGCAAGGCCAUUGGUUUGUUUGUCAACGGCCGCUACUCCAACUGCCUCUCCAUUCUGGAAUCGUCGCGAGCCGACUAUCUCCUUGACAUAUACUUACAGCCCCAUAUACCAACCAUCUACUCCAUGAUCCGCGAGAAAUGCAUCGUCCAGUACUUUAUACCCUUCUCCUGCGUCACAUUAGAUAGCCUCGACGCGGCAUUCGGCAGCCCCAAUCGGUCUGUGGAGCCGGAGCUCAUCAGGAUGAUACGCGAUGGCUCACUGCGAGCUCGCAUAGAUACGAAGAACAAGCUUCUGGUAGCCGUUUCCCCCGAUCCACGACUGGUCGUACAGACCAAUGCCCUGGCCGUGGCGCGCAAGUACGAGCAUGAGGCCAAAGAGCGACUGCGGCGCAUGAACAUUGUUGUUGCAGGGCUCGAAACCAGCAAUUCCAGGAAGCAGCAAUCUAGCGCCGUUGGAGGCCCCGAAGUCGAGGAUGCUUGGUACGAAGACAGUGGUAGUAUCCCUCCUGCGACUGAUCAAGCCGCUGAGGUUGACGUUGGGGAGACUUGA